ACUUGGAAGUGUUAGUAUAGAAUCUGACAGCUGCUGGAAGUAUCAGGAAGUGGUUUUAUGAGAAAUUCCUUUUUAUUGUGGUUUUUUGUAAUGUUCUGACUUAAAUAGAGAUACAAUUGGAAAUGGCAUUCCUGUGUCCAGUGCGCAUUCGGCGCGGGAAGAAGAAAAAAGCAAUGGGAGCAGAAUUGGACAAGGAUCUCACGCUCCAGGGCAGUGGAUUGGGUCUGAAUCAUGGAAUGGGACGUAUCACAGGCUCUGCCAGCAUCGAGACACUGGUAAGGGUGGGAAUUGAGAAGGAACAUGGCCUGAGUCCGGACUCAAAGAUGGUCGUAAUGCACGAUUUUACACCCUGUGUUGAUGAUGAACUGGAAGUGAAACGUGGUCAGAUUGUGAAUAUCCUGUACCGUGAGAAUGACUGGGUGUAUGUAAUAGGGCAGGACACAAGGCAGGAAGGUUUCAUUCCGCAUUCCUACUGCGCCCCCUUUAAUACUCAACUGGCAGACCUGGCCAUCAAGAAGAAGCUGCCCAGGGAUCAAGUGGUGGGCUUCACGACAGUCGAAAUCAACGGAGAAGCUCCGGAAAUUGCCACAGAACUGAUGGAUGACUCAACACCGGGUCUCAUGGGACUGCAAGCUUCACUGAAACACUCUCAAGCCAGCCUGAGUUCCGAGCCGGAUUUCUUGCCAUUCGCCAAGGAUCCCAGUGGACGUUACAUUGUGCUCUAUACAUUCAUCGCGCGCGAUGAGAAUGACGUGUCCGUGGAACGAGGUGAAUUUGUCACAGUGCUCAAUCGCGAAGAUCCUGACUGGUUCUGGAUCGUACGUAGUGAUGGCCAAGAGGGCUUUAUCCCAUCGGGAUUUGUCUAUCCGGCUGACAAUGUACUCCAGGGCAGUGUCAAAAUGCCCAAUAAUACAUCCAACACCAAUAAUACCCUCACCUCAUCCAACUGCCCCACUAAUCCUGCCCAAACUGCCGCUCCGUCAUCCGGAACUGUCAAUACAGCCACAGCCAAUGCAAAUGCAGCCAAUCAGCAGAUUCUCGGUGGCUCUGAGGAUCUGCGCUAUCACGGCACAGAACUCGUGAUGCUGUACGACUACAAAGCUCAGGCUCCGGAUGAUCUGUCGGUGCGAAGGGGCGACUGGAUCUAUGCUGACCUGAAUAAUCAAACGGUAGACGGAUGGUUGUGGGCAUAUGCGCCCAAGACGCGCAAAUACGGCUUCAUCCCCAAGGCCUAUGCCCGUCCACCUGCCAUGACGAGCCUCUAAGGACAAAGCCUGAGUCCUUCAGGCCCUUCCAAGUGCCUCGAAUUCCCUUCCCUGCUCUCAAAACCCUCAACAAGGUAAUGCUUCCGGCGGCGCGGGAAUCUCCAGUGAAAUUGCAUUUAAAGGAUAUUUUUACACUGAUAUUUUUUAUAUGUCUACUAAAAAUUUUCUGACGUUUUUUUUUAUAAAAAUAUUUAACAAUUAUGAAGAAA